GAGGCCAGAAGAUCGCCCCUGUUCUUGUGUUAUCCAGCUUCAGUGCAGGAGCCGUGGUGUGCUUGUGUCUCUGCUAGAGCAGGCAGUCUUGUCCUGGGUGUGCUGUGGGUGCUGAAGGGUCUGUCUUCACCUGGGCCUGAGAUCGCGGGGACUGCUUGGCCUGUCAGGGAGCAGGGAGAGCUCCUGCCUCAGGCUGAGCAAGUUCUUGUUUGGUCUCUUGCUGUUGCUUUAGGCUGCCUUUUACAGUUUACUUUUCCAUGUGUAACAGUGGUGGUGUGCAUUUAAAAUUUUUGUUGGAUAUUAUCAGUCAAAGCGAGGACCAGUGUAGAUUUUAGUAAGCCAGCGUCUCCCUCCAGCCCUUUGUAGGAAUGUUUCAUGCCCAUGGGAAUCUUACCCUGUAUUUCCUUUCCUGUUUCUGACGUGCUAAUGCUGGUUUCCCUUCUGAGGAUUACUCUUGAGCCUGUCAAAGAGCUGUGAUGUUAACCUGCAGCUCCCUGCAGGUGACUGCCAUCGAACCCAUCAGCAAUGACGGCGGAGCCAGCGUGAGCACCCGGCACCUGCAUCAGAGUCUGCGAUGGCUCUUUGGAGUGGCAGCAGUGGCCACAGAUGUUGGCCACGUCCUUCUGGUUGACCUUUGUUUGGAUGAUUUGUCUUGCAGUCAGAAUGAAGUAGAAGCAUCGGAUCUAGAAGUUGUCACUAGAAUUCCUGCUGAAGUUCCACAAAGAAGAGAAGCUGUGAUGAGGGAAGGGAGGCAUCUCUGUUUUCAAUUACGAAGUCCUUCAGGAACAGCAGUAUCAACCCUGUGCUACAUAAGCAGAAGCAACCAGCUCGUUGUGGGUUUUUCUGAUGGCUACUUGUCACUGGGGAACAUGAAAACUUUGAAGAGGGCGUAA